UUGCUUCUUAUUUGCGUUUUUUUCUCCCCCAGCAACCGGCCUGAAAAUGACCCCGAAACCGACUGAGACCGAGGUGCCGGCGAUCGAGAUUAAGGCUACUCCGUUCGAUCCGCGCUUCCCGAAUACGAACCAAACCAAGCACUGCUUCCAGAGCUACCUGGAUUUCUACCGGUGCGAGAAGGUCAAGGGCGAAGGUGACAGCGUGUGCAAGUACUUCAAGGAUGUUUACACCGAUCUCUGCCCGUCCGUGUGGCUCGAAAAGUGGGAAACGCAACGCGCCGAAGGUACCUUUCCCGGUAGGAUCUAGACGCAGAUCCGGAGGAGAGAUAAUGCUUGAGGAGAGUUGUACAAA